UUACACUUAGCACAAUGCAGUCAGGCAAGUACCUUUCUCCUGACAACUGCCAAACCCAGACAUCUCCAUCAGAUUGCCAGACAGAGAAGCAUGAUUGGCUACUCCAGGGAACACAUCUCCACUGCUCUAGAGUCCAGUGGUGGCAUGCUCAUGAUGCUGUUGUUCCCAGUUGCUUCCACUUUUUUAUAAUACCACUAACAAUUGAGCGUGGAAUAUUUAGUAGCAAGGAAUUUUCACGGAUAGACUUAUUGCACAGGUGGCAACCUAUGUUGGUACCACACUUUAAUUCAUUGAGCUCCUGAGAGCGACCCAUUCUUUCACAAAUGUUUAAGCAGUUUGCAUGCCUAG